CUAGGACCUAGGUAGGUGUUGGAAUCAGUGGAAGAGCCCCUUCAGGACCUUGGCCGCUCUGGACCACAAUAUACACUUCAGGACAAGCUUUUCUGGCCUUAGGCUUCAGCUCUUUAACUUUUAAGAGGACGUGCACUGGUCGUAUCAAGCUUUUCUCCAGCUUCCACUUUAAGUAUCUGGUCCAGUGUCUGUUCCGCCACCAUGCCGCAGCGGCACUCCAGGAACAACAAUGACCUCGCCAUCUUUACAUACGAGGAGAGGAGGGCGCUAGGAUAUGGCACGCAAAAAGAGAGGCUUGGGAAGGACUCUGUGAAACCCUUUGAUGCCUGCUCUUUGUGCCUCAAGACCGUGAUUGACCCCAUGUGCUGUCAGAAAGGCCACCUGUUCUGCAAAGAGUGCAUCUUUGAGUGCCUGCUGGCGCAGAAGAAGGACAUUGCAAGGCAAAAGGCCCUGUACGAGGCGCAGUUGCGAGAGGACCAAGAAGAGCAAAGGCAAAAGGAGUUGCGCGAACGGGAGGCGCAGCUGGCGGCGUUUGACCGGCAGAACAACGGGGCCCUUCCAACGGCCGGCGAGCGGCGGGCAGAGGGGGAACAAAGCGCAGGCUUUCAUGGAGCUUCGAGCAAGAAGGUGACGGACUUCGAAGCUGAGGCCGUCCGCAACAUGAAGGCGUUCUGGUUGCCGCAAUUGGCCCCCCAGGCCGAAAUUAGGGUAGAGGCGCCGCAACUAGAAACCAAGUGUCCUGUAGCCUCGGAGAAACUACGCCUCAAAGACCUUUUCGCCAUCAACUUCACACCCGACAAGCACGUCGAUGAAGGGCCGGGGGCCAAAGACCGCUUCAUUUGCCCGUCCUGUUCAUCCACGUUCACUAACACCUCUAGUUUGGUAGCGGUCUCGACGUGCGGGCAUGUGCUGUGCUCGAAGUGCGCGGCGAAGUUCGUCGAAAAAGAGAAGGCGUGCUGUGUGUGCGCUAAGCCGUGCAAGUCGAGGCAACUGGUAGCGGUAGAAAAGGGAGGGACGGGGUUCGCCGGGCAUGGGGAUGGCUUGGUAGCGACGGCAGUGAAGGCGCUGGGGGUAGGAAGCGGACUUUCAGAUGUUCGGCCAGCAACUCGUGUAACAUGAGUUUCUGUGUUUCCGAUUGAGGAUUCAUUCCUCGCCCUAGCUUGUCCUUGAUACUCCGGUCUCAAUGGAAUUCGGUGGAAAUCUGGG